UUGUAGCAGAAGAAAAGUAGGAAAAGAUGAGAUGAGAGAAGAUUUGACUGGUUUAGUUUAUAUUACAUUUUUUUCUACUCUCUAAUUAACGAUAUUUCCCAUACGGAUAUAUUUUAGAAUACCUCUGACAUUUAGACCCAAAGAUCCACUAGAAAAUGGACAGUGGUAGUUUCACUUUGAACCUCACUGAUGGUAGCAAACAAACCCAAGAUGCGCCAAAGGCCAAACCUAUGUCACAUCAAGAGUAUGUUUCUAACCAGAAGCCCCUCGUGAGCUUUGCACCUAAGCCUCGACAGACAGUGAAAGCAGAUGGUGUGAAGAAACCAGCAUUUGUAGUUGUUCGGAAAAAAGCGACACACGUUAAAAAGAAAAGUUUGUCUGAAUUGAAGAGUUUUUCAGCAAAUUUACAGCCACUCUCCUCUAAGAAAAAUAAUCAAUCAAAUAGUGACAGUAAACCACAGAAACCAUCACAUGCAGAAAAUGUACAAGUGGAUACUACUGUCAUACCUACCAGCCAAAAAAAAGAAACUAGAAAAACUGUAUCAAAUAACAAGAAAAACAACUGGGCUGUUUCACAACAAGGGGGAUCAUCAGGUGGUUAUAACAACACAGGCAUCAUAUCAUCACUUUUCUUUAAAAAUCCUGAGAUUCCUACCGUCACUAAAGAAAACGUAGAAAGUACAGAAGAAAAUUUAUUUUCGUCCCGAAGCUUUUCGGCUUUGAACAUACACAAGUAUUUAGUAGCAACAUUAGAGAAAGAUUUGAAUUUGAAACAUAUGACGGAAGCCCAGUCCAGAACGAUUCCAAUUCUUCUCGACAAAAAAGAUGCAAUUGUUAAAUCUCAGACAGGAAGUGGUAAAACUCUGGCAUAUGCCAUUCCUAUUGUAGAGAAAUUACAGAGUAUCACACCCAAGAUUGAUAGAAGCUCUGGUGUGUUUGCGCUCGUCGUUGUUCCCACAAGAGAGUUGGUUCUGCAAACCUACUCUUGGUUCGUAAAAAUCCUAAAGCCCUUUACAUGGGUUGUACCGGGAUACUUGAUUGGCGGGGAGAAGAAAAAAUCUGAAAAAGCGCGCAUACGAAAAGGAAUGAACAUUUUAAUUUCUACUCCUGGUCGUCUUCUAGACCAUUUAACGUCUACACGUAAUCUUAAUCUUGGUCGGCUUCACUGGCUCAUCAUGGACGAAGCUGAUCGACUUCUGGAUAUGGGCUACGAGAAAGACGUGGGCAGGAUUGUAAGCAUAGUAGAAGAACAUUUCGUUAAAGAAGGCAGUUUAGGACGACGACAAACUGUGCUGCUCUCGGCUACGUUGAGCAAAGGUGUUGAAAAACUAGCCGGAUUGGCACUGACAGACCCUGAGCAUAUUAAGUUGUCGGAAGACGCAAGCAUAAAUCAAGACCAGUUAGUGACGCCAACAAAUUUGAAACAGUGGUAUAUUAUAGUACCUCCAAAACUACGACUGGCGACGCUGGCGGCUUUCAUUCUUUGGAAAUGCACGAUUUCCACGGAAAAGAAAGUCUUGGUUUUCAUGACUACGCAAGAUUCCGUAGAUUACCACGCUGAGCUUUUCAACCGGGUGUUGGCUAAACGGGAAGGCCGGACUCCAAUCAGCUUUUGUAAACUACACGGCAAUAUGCCCCAGAAGGAUCGGACGGCAAUCUUCAAGGAAUUUCGAGACACUGAAAGUGGCGUCCUCCUGUGCACGGAUGUAGCUGCCCGUGGCUUGGAUUUGUCAUCGGUCGAUUGGAUCGUCCAAUACAAUCCUCCCGUGACGGCCGAAGAAUACGUUCACAGGGUGGGUCGAACGGCCCGUGUAGGCAAGUGCGGCCAAGCGAUCAUCUUCCUAGCGCCACCUGAAACGGACUUCGUUCAUCACCUGGCCAAAAGGGGACUCAGUGUUGUCGAAAAGAAUCCUGAUGUCAUCUUAAAGACGUUAGCCAGCUCAUGGGCCAGGACGUCACAAACGAUGGAGCAAGCCGCCACUUCUCUGCAGCUGAGCUUCGAGGAAAGCGUUAUCGAGAGCUACAAUCUUUAUGAAAUGGCCACCAAAGGUUACGUGUCAUUCGUCAGGUCAUAUGCGGCUCUACCCAAGGACGUCCGUGAAGUCUUUAAUUUCCAGUCGCUCCAUUUGGGUCAUUACGCAAAAUCGUUUGCCCUUCGUGACCCGCCGGCGCAGAUCAACACCGCAGGUCGAAUGGGUCAGCGUAACGAUCGCGUUCAGCCGUUCAACACGGCCCGCCAACGCAAUCCGUCUAUGCUCAAGAGAGCAGCAGCACUGGGAUCGGAUGGAACACAGCACCAGCCGAGUCAUUACGAACUCCAAGCCAUGCUGUCGGAAUUCUCCAGCGGAUUAGAUCCGGCACCCGCAAAGAAGAUAAAAGUUCGCCAUACUACAGCAGAGGCCUUAGAAAAGCGGAAUCCAUGCUGAAUGAAGUGCGCUUUUCAACAUUUAUUGCCGUUGUUAUCUUUUUUCUGCGGCAAAUCAAAGCGUAUUCAAAACAAAAUUCUUUCAAUCUCCUCUUUUGUUUUCGUGUCUUUCAAGGGAUGACGUCAACAUCAGGUAAAAUGAAUAAUUAUGAAAAUUAGGUAGUAGGAUCUGAACGCCUUUCGUGUAUAAGUUUGGUAAGACGAUAAAGAAAAUUGGGAGUUGGAAGCUACGCAAUUACAUGCAAAAGCGAAUCCAUUAUACAUUUUUCUUUAUUUGUAACAUGCCUGCAACUUUUACAAUAGGUCAAUAAUAAAUAAUGAUAGUCGCUUUUCAUAAACUAAAACGUCAUCUCUUGCAGCAACAAUCGGAAACUACUAGGAAUGUAGGUUAACUUCGUUUGAACGUUAACCUUCAUCCCUAAAUGUUUUUUAUGUUGCUUGCUCGCAAAUCAUUUUACGUAUAAGCGAUCCGGAAUUUCACCAUUCCAUCAUAGAAAAGCGAUUUGAUGUCAGUCGAUACUUUUGAUUUUUUCUUUUUCGUGUUUUAACAAUUAUACAAAUGAACCCUUUA